AUGGAGCUGUUCCAAUACGAACCCCUAAAUCUCACUGAAAAUUCAUUCCGGCUACUCAUGCUUCAUCCCGGAUCCACCAACGCGAUAUCAUGCAACAUCUUUGAAGCAAGUCUUGAAUCCGACGACAGAAUCCCCUACGAAGCUUUGUCAUAUGCUUGGGGCGACAUAGAGCUCUCGGCCUCCAUCACCGCCAACGGCAAGACCCUCUGCAUAACGUAUAACUUGUUCACUGCUUUGACAUAUCUCCGAGACGACCAUGUGAGCAAAGUUAUGUGGAUCGAUGCUAUUUGUAUCGACCAAAGCAACGUCGCUGAGCGAGGUCACCAGGUUGGACAGAUGGCUAGCAUUUACCGAGGCGCAGAACAGGUCAUCAUAUGGCUCGGUACCCCCACACUUGAGACGAACCUCUUGCUGGGAUGCCUCAAAGAGCUCCAACAACGCUGGAUCCGUCAGAAAAGCCAAGACGACAUUAUCCAGGCACAAGAGCAAUGGUCAAAGAUGCGACAGGAGUCGGAACUUGACCAGGCUGUCCUCAUUGAUCGGCAACAGAAAGGGCUUAUUUGCCUCCUCAGUGAGACCUGGUUCACGAGGAUAUGGGUUUUGCAGGAAGUAUCAAACGCACGGGCAGCUUCCAUUUCUUGUGGAAGACGAUCCGUUCAGGCUCACAUGCUCAACAUCGCUGCGAAGCUCGUUGGGAAGUUUCAAAAUAGCAAGGCGAGCGACCCUCGGGAUAUGGUAUACGCCCUACUAGCAAUAGCCUCCGACGUAUCGCAGACCGACUCAGGAUCACUGCUAUCGCCAGACUACUUCAAAACCGAAAAGCAGUUGGUGCGAGACCUCAAGACAUACCUGUUCCUUGAUUUGCGAUAUUGCGGAUAUGUUCCUGAGCAAUCCAUGGCAUCCUUUCUUGAAGCGCUGCCUCAACAAACAGCGGCGAUACUCGAGAACGUUGUGGCGGCGGGAAUCACAAGCCACGUUCUCACGCUUCUUGAGAGGGGCCAAAAGUUUAAUGUCAAUAAGGCCGUUGUUAAGAAAGUAAGGAAUCACGAAGGUUCGAGGACUACAAAGGCUCUCUCUCAUCUAGCUCAGAUUGAGCACCAAAACUUCCAGUUCGUCCUAGAAGGCGUCGAGGCUUCAUUUCAAUUUUGCGAUGUUGCAACUGCGCAACGUCUUUUGGGCCAGUUUGGAGAUAGCAUGGUGAUCAAUCGACAUCUUACCGAAGCCUUGCGACAAAGAUACGACAGGAAUCAAAUGCUCAUGCUGCUGACCGCAUGGAAUAGGUCCACUAUUCCAUUAACACAAGAAGGAUUCUCUACUUUAGUAGGGUUUAUCGAUCCGACGUCUUUGAAAAUGCUUCUCAGUAAUCACAUACAAGUCUUUCAAGUGACGGACGAGGUUCUUGAAAUGGCAUCCCGCAAUCCGGAAGAGGGCAAGAUCAUCCCGAUGCUCCUCGAUUUGAUCGGCGAUCGAACGGAAUUUGAAAUGAGUGGGCUGCUGUGGUUGCUCCGAUUCUUGAGCAAAAUGAAGUUGAUGUUGCUGCUUGUAUGGAAUUUUAAAAAAGUCAGUAUUGCUGCUUUGGGGCCCCCUCCUGAUGAGAGUGUCCGCUGGUCCACGGAACUGGUAUCCGGCUUAGGCUCAUUCGCCAACUGGAACAACAUUGGAUACAUCAGAGAAAACACGAAUUAUCGCAAGCGAGUUGAUGUUGCGGUGAUCAGAGUGGAGGCGGAACUCACCAAUGGGUUGUGUAUGGAUGCCACCCUUAUCUGGGACACUUUAUAUCCACGCAAGCAAGAGGGCGAGAAGGAACCCGUUCCAAGAUCACUGGCAAUUGGUCCGGAACAUCCACGGCGCCGAAAUCUCGAAAGCAAGACCUCAGGAAAGAACCUAGAGUCAAAUGUGUCAACCAAAAUGCCGCUUCGCGAGACUGACCCAGACUUCAAGAGCGAGAUCUUCGAAAGGGCAAAGGCGGCGUUCAGCGCAAAGUCUGGGGUUUACGAAUAUGAACUCCCGCUGCCAACAAUCCUCGGUGAGCAUGCGGAGCAGCCUCUGCCAUGCCAAAAACCGGUCGAAGAGACCAAUGCCAUCAGCGCCCACAUGUCGACGCGUAUCCAUGCCUAUUACGAGCAGCUUGCUGCCGCCUACGAUAAAACUGAGGACCCGCCAGCCAGUAUUGGCAUCAAUCUCGAAAUCCAACCGCGAAACUUUGAACCAGAGGCGCCAACAUGGCACCAUCGCAGGUAUCACUCGCGUCGCCUGCAACUGCACAGCCCUGAGACAUUGCCAAAAUUUGCCCUUUGUGAACAAGUUGUUGAUCAGGUCAAGGUCGUAUGGCGGUGCCUCGUCCACCUGCCAGCCGUCCAGGAGUGGGAAGCAACAUGGUUGUGGGAGCGGCCCAUGCCCGCCUCUAUACCGAGUAGGGUGAUGCGUGAGCACUACACCUGGCCGUGGGAGGGUCCUUUGCGAGACGCCCGCCACGAGUUCGGCGCCUCCAUCAUGGACCAGAAGAAGAGCCUUUGCGGGAAAAGAAUUCCUCCAGUCUGA